CAGGCGGAUCUUAACCACGGAAGCAUCCGUUGCCCCUCUGUCUACCUCUGCUAUCGUCGAGGUCUCGACAAACCACCUCUAAUGGAUAUCGGACCACUGUCUGCCACGGACUAUUCAAGAAGACAGCACCUUUUCUACGCUAUACGGACUGGUCGUUUAGCACUUUGCGGUCCGAGACAUCCCGGACGAUGUUAAGGACGAUGUCACGAAGCUAGGGGCAAGAAAAGGGGCGGAGAUAACUGGUAACAUCAAGGAGGGAACACAGCAAGAAGUAGUGAUAGGGAUGUGACAAAAGUGGUGCAAAGUUGAAAGUGUAAUACCGAGACAUCGCCUGAACGCUAGGGAGCAAGUUGUCAAGGAUAGUAAAAGUGACGAUAGGGUUACCCUGACUGGCGACGGCUCCUCCAGGGUAUGAGAGGCGAAAAAAUCUACACUGAGCAUACCGCACCGCGUGUUCUGUCCAUCGGUUUGUGUGCCUCGUUUGCGUGUGCGAUACGAAGUUGGUGUUGUUAUCACAGUCGUCGUCUCCUCGUUCUCCUGGCGACUGUUCUGCUUGGUCCGUUGCCUGGAUGUUCUGCGCCCUUAGAGCCUGCCUGCCUGCCUACCAGCUUGGUUACUCUUUUGGUGUUUCUGUAUCCUUCGUGCUUUCGUGUUCUCGUCGUCCACUAUGUGUCCUGUUCUCUCUCCUUAUGAGCUCGGCCUUUUCGACGCUCCUACAUCCCCGCCUUAGACCCAUGUUCCCGCUGUCAAAGAACGGGGAAUUCUUUCCCUCUGCACUUUGCCGACUUUCCCUUCGAGCUUCUAGUUCUCACGUAGUUUCCUCGUGCUGUUGUCCAAGAAGCAGUGCUCCUCUCCACGACAACCCUAUGUUGCUCUGCGUUCUUUUCUACACUUUUGCUCUUAUACCCGUCCCUGUGCACAUGGCUCUCUUCCUUGACCCCUCGCUUGGAUGCAUGAGGAGUACUGAGGAGUAUAACUCUAGCGAUAACAACGGUAACGACGACGACGACGACGUGGAGGAUGAUGCUACUAUAACCGACCAACUAACGGCUCUACCGCCUGCCGCUUACUUGAUGAGCCUUCAGCGAAGCACUAAAUCUUGUCUGUGUGUAGUACCGCUGAAGCCCAGAACGGUUAACCAUUGCUGCCCAGCCACCUCCCGUUCCUUAGCCCACCUCCGUCUGCAUCGAGAGCGUAAACACUACCGCUAUGAUCUCACUAGACUCGCAACAACUUUUUUUCUCAAAUUGAGUGUUGGACCCGUUUUAUGACCGUUAUCCUGUCCAGCCCGUUUUGCCAGGUGAGCUUUGCUGAAAGGUUCUAUUCGCACCAACAGCCCGAUUGUGCCGAUCAAAGUGUACUGCCAAAGGAAGCCUGACAUUCGUACAUUGAACAGGGAGAUAAGCACCAGCAGGGCUCGGCGUUUUCUAUGCUAACUAGGUCAUUCGAAAUGACGAGAAAGUGGUCAGAAGGAUUCGAGAGGUUGAGUCGUAGGAACGCCAGUUCGACGCGAGAGGGUUAAGGGUCUCGGGAACUGUGGAAUUAUGGGUUUGUGGACUAUGUAUGCCGAUGUGUAUUUCGUUAUAUAGACAUUCUACAGGCACUUCUAGUUGCGGAAAGGACUCGGAGUUCUUUAUGAGGAUAAACAUCGAAUCAUGCAUGAUAGUGAAGUGUUAACAAAAACGCCGUAUGGCCGUGUCGCUAACGUCAACAACUCUUCGUCGACGAAGACAUUUUUGACAUAUAGACGGGCCCGAGACAUGUUACCGUGCAAUUCGCUCGUCGUCAAGGACAUCGUCGUCAUUUUGACUAGCGAAGGGGAGCAGCCUCCUCACGCCUUCUGUAAGAUUGACCAUAACCUUAAUAAAAGCGUGAUCGGUUCAGAUGUCUACCUGUGUUAUAAGAAGUCCAUUCAUCGGCCGCCACUGAUCCUCUAUCGGCCGGAGACAUUACUGCGUUUUCCAGUCACGGACAAGCAGCAGUUCCCGUUACCACAAGAAGUUCAUCUGUUUUGUUUACCACUUGGCGCUACGGUCGAAAAGUGGAAGGAGCAUAGUUCCAAGCCGUCAUCACAGUUCUCCACGUUCGUCUUUACCUCACAAACAGCCACAAAAGCAUAUGGAGCCUCUUUAAGUUUCUACGAGCCUUACGAACCUUCGAUUGACGAGCUCAAGGCACUCGACGGAGUCACCAAAGAGGAUCGAUGCUAUGCAACGAAAAGUAUCUGCCUCGUUUCCCGGUGGCCGUUCUUCCGUCCGUUUCGAAAAUUUCUCCAGUUCAUUUACGCGCAAAGCACGUGUGACGACCGAGGAAACUCGAUCGAGCAAUACAUUCUACAUUUUCUUUAUAACAUCCCAUUUCCAUCGAUCGAACGGCCGAGAGUCAUUGUACCACUGAACGACGACGUGACUUUGGCUUUGCGUCACCUUACUGACACCGCUCUACCAACGUCAGGAGCGUCAUUUCUCGAGCUCCUACUCAAUCUCGGUCCAGACAACUGCAUACUUACGCUGCUUCUAGUACUCUCUGAGAACAAAAUACUGAUUCACUCACUGAGACCGCAGUUGGUCACAUGCGUAGCCGAAGCUUUAGUGUCGGCGUGCUUCCCGCUCAGCUGGCAGUGUCCCUAUGUGCCGUUGUGCCCGUUGGGUGUAUCCGAGUUGAUGAUGGCUCCCUUGCCGUUUCUGGUUGGCGUCGAUUCGCGUUACUUCGACAUGCACGUCUUGCCGAACGACGUGGUAUGUGUGGAUCUGGACACGAACGCCAUUUUCAUACCCGUCGACAAGCAGCAGCUAAGUCAGCGCAUGAUGCCAAAACGAGCUACAAGGAAGUUGAGAAGCACACUGUUCGAGCUGUACAAUCGUGUAACACGCUUUACUCAGCGCCGGAAGGAUAUUUUUAGUAACAUCAAAGAUAAAACCGAGGCGGAUUUUGUGGUAUUACGGAAGGAGCGGGAUCUUGAUUUGCUUAUACAGGAAGCGUUCCUUAAAUUCAUGGUAGAGAUCUUACGAGAUUUCCGUCGUUAUCUGCGGCCGGUUACCGAGCAGCCGAAAAACGUCAGCGCGGAAACAUUGUUCGAUGUCGAUAAUUUUAUGAGAUCACGUGAUAAAAGUUUUCUGAAGUUUUACGAGAUGAUCGUACGCACGCAAAUGUUUAGUCGGCUCGUAGAAGAGCGGAGUUUCCUAUCGGAGAACGAUCAUUCGCUGGCGUUUUUCGAUCAGUGCUGUGAUAUGUGCGAUGGCAGUGGAGAAGCAACGGAGGACCUGUUACAUAUUGGGGCUGGUGAAGAUAAUCAUACAGCUUACAUCGCCCCGCCAGAACGACCACAUGAUCCAGAGCUACUGAAGUUCGGAGGAUGGGAAGCGCUGGACUUUACAGCAUUUGCUAACAUGUUUAUCGAUGAUAAAGUCCUUGAAGAUACCGAUGGGCUAAUGCUUCCCGCGAAUGAUCAACCCAGCAGCCCGGUCAUCAAACGCACAAAACACGAAGUGAAAUCUGCAAUGAAACAGGCUCGCCAACAAAAUGACGUUCCUGCACGGUGGGGAAGGACAUUGCUCUCGGCCUGCUAUGCCAUUUGGUUUGUACAUCUGCCUUCAUACUUAGCCACGAUGGAUGCCGAAGAACGGCCUGCCGCAGUUCGUAUGGCCUUUCAAAUUUUAUGCGACGCCCAACAAAGGCUUCGGCAUUCUGUUGAUGAGGUAUGCUACCGGGUAAUUCUCUCGCAGUGCGCUAUUUUCUCUCAACCGGCAUUAGCUGUCAAGGUCCUUAUGGAGAUGAAACGACGCACCCUGAUUCCCAAUGCAAUGACUUACGGUUACUAUAACAAAGCAGUUAUGGCUUCAGCAUGGCCUCAGUCGCGAGCCUGGCGGCGCCUUAAGAAUCUUGUACAAGGGGUAGCCCAGUUCAAAACGGCGCUUCGACGAUGUGGGAGUACCUCGGUGGCCGCAAGCAGUAAUUCACUCGAAGGAAUUACGAAUAUCACGAGGAUAUCCUCGACACUGUCAUUGCCUAGAAACUAUAAAGAAAGCUAUCUACCAUCUGCCGGUCUGCUAAUGGCGAGUAGCCAGACAGCGAGCUCACGCCAGACUACGCCAACGCGUUCUACUACCAAUUUGUUGCCGCGAACAAAGAGUUCUAUUAAUAUCACUCUGGAGAAGCAGAUCAAAGGAGAUACCGCAUUCAUUAAAUUUAAAACAUUACCAGCGUCCAUGGCGCUACUAGAGCAGCCUCGGGAAUUCUUCGCGAAAACUGUCAGCCCAUCAUUGCAAAGAAUGGGAAAUUAUGGUUCGGGGCUACUACAAAGCUUCCAGCUAUCAACAAAAAUACGACGCUUCUCCGCUGGACCGAUCCGACAACCAGAUGUCAACGACCUUAAACGACCAAACAGUUCUCCCAGCGCCAGGCAAACUAUUAGUACGGGUGGAAGUACGGUAGUGACGAGCUCAGGUCUUGACGUAAUACGUUCGAUGGCGUCACGACUAACAUCAAUGAUCAAUACAGACGUAUACCGAAUGCCGACGUCCCGCUCACUCGACCAGAUGUUCAACAAGGUGCCUCCUACUGAAGUGAGUUAUUCACGUAAUCGUUCGUCACAGGAUUUGCCCAAGCUGGCGGCCACUGGGGCUCUUGGUGCAGUGGGUAAUGUCCACGUGUGGAUGAGCUCAUGUUGUCAGUGUGUGAACUGCAAAAGUCUCGUCUACGACGAAGAAAUCAUGAGUGGCUGGACAGCCGAUGAUUCGAAUUUGAAGACGAAAUGCUGGUGUAAUGCCACGUUCGUGCCUCAGCUUUACGUGACCGUCAGGGACCGUCGUGGCCUCAGGCGUCCAGAGGAUUACACAUUACCCUGUAGUGACUUCACAGUGCCUUAUCUGAGCCCAUUAGUACUCCAAAAGGAGGUCGAGAACGUUCUCGAAGGUGGAAACGAGGUCUUCACUAGACCCAACUUUGUUGAUGAACAUCCAAUUAUUUACUGGAAUUUGAUGUGGUACUUUUCAAGGUUACGUCUACCGACACACAUUCCGCAAUUGUGUGUUGGCAGCGGCCUUCUGCGCAAGGGUCUUCAGAGUAUUAAUCAGGAAGAGUCGGGUCAGGGUGAUGUACUGCCAGGAGAAGGUUGUGAUCAGCGCGUUGAUGUGAUCGUACGGACGGUGUGGGACAAUCCGAAAUUGCACGAAUGCAUCACCCCACCCUUGUACACAGUCUACAAGCCGAGGGACUUGUAUAUCGACGAGAAUGACCCAAUGGGAUUUAAAAGGGCUGGUCGUACUAUUCUCGAUCACAUGAAAUCUGGUAGUGAGACGAACGUUCGGGACGCGGUCCUCUUCCUAAUACAGGAACGCCGGCGCUGGAACUUUAAACGCAAUCCAUCCAUCUACAGAGAAUUACUUUUUCUGUUAAUUCUCGAAUUUGGGGCAAACAUUAUCAACCCGGAAUGGUUGGAUCGGGAAUAUCACCGUGUUUAUGAUGAUGUGUCUAUCACACACCGAACUCAGAUCUUUCAGUACGACCGGUAUCCCAGUUACCACGCGAGAUUUGCUCGAAGAUACUUCGGCGAUUUGGAUUUGCUUUAAAUUCGUCUAUUUAGUCGUAGAUACAAUUUACCGCGACCGGCAGCGAUUCAUUACCUCAGCCCUACAUCCGCCUAUUUUAGAUUGCUUUCGCAAAACAAGACGCCCUUACCAUAAAAGGAAAUCCUAUUACCGCAUCAUUGAGUGGUCAAUACGACGCCAGCAUUGGUUAAUGUUCAGCUUGUAACCUAAAGUGCCGCAAAUAUGAUCGAUGCGUCCUGCGCAGUUACUUACGUUGAAGUUUAGUUUGCACUAUGUGCUUACACUCGGACCAGUGUAAGAAUAUUGAGUAAAGUGCAAUGCAGGGACCCAGACGAACUCCCGAAAAGCUUUGUAUAGUUCGACAUAUAGAGAUACAUUUAGAAAUAAACCUUCACAUAAAAAUACAGUAGUCCCGUGGUCUAGCGGUGGACAUGCGCGUAAUAUGGUAAUAUAAAAUGGAAUCUUUGAAGGCACCAAAGACUUUGCCUCUAGAAAUCUAGAUUAUUUUGCUUUUAGCAACUGACUAUUUGAUAUGUUUUAAUUUUUUCUAAUUAAUUGGAACCUAAGUAACUAACGGACUAUUCAUGCGUCAUCAUCUAGUAGUGUCAGUUGUGACCACAGCAAUUGAACAUUAAAGUUAUUUAUGCAGUUUGCGUCAUAAAAUGUAUGACACUCCAGCACUUUAAUGUUUCUUCUUAUUCUAAUCGGUAUUGAAAUGUCAGUUGAUAAUUUUCGUAUAUGCACGGCUAUAAAUUCAUUAAUUUGCGCACAGAAGUCGCUUCGCAGAACAGAACAACGACUUAAAAAAAGAAUAUAUUUCACAAGUUCAAUAUAUUUCACGGUAGGUGUUGAUUUAUAUAGAGUUGUUUAGGCAGAGGAUGGCGGGACAGGAAAAAGUCAAACAAAAAGAGCACUUGCAUCGUGUGUAUGUAUGUUGAGCUGCGCGAACGAGCGGGCUGUCUAGUGGAAGCAAAUGUAUGUUACGAGAAUUAGCUAUUUGUUGCUACUAAGUGUAGGGUGUUAUGCUUAGUAAAAUGUACCAACAACCUGACCAUCGUGAGCAUCGAAGAAGCGCGUGUGUUAUGAUGUGUCAGCUGUUGUAGUUAAGCCACAAUACGUCCGUGGGGUAAAGCGUGUCGUUUACGCACGUGAAGCGAACACGAAAACAAAUAUUAUCUUCGAAGAGAAAUGAGAAUAAAGAUUCAGACGUUAAGGUCAUAUGAUGCGUCCAGUUGUACUACGAUGACCUGUAUUGUAAACAUCAUAAUAGAGGAUGAAAGAAUGAAGAAUGAUAUUUUGUAGGGUAGCAAUCACUGGCAGCACACCUGUGGGUACAGUAAAAUUUGUGGGGAACGAAAACGUGAAAGGACGCCCAUUUUGAGAGCUGUCAUUAGCUAGCAUUGGUCAUUUCGACUGUAUAUUCGCUCUGUUUGAAGUCGUCUCGAUUAGUUAGGUAGCGACUAUGCAAAAUAACAGGUUCAAUGUUGGACUGUGGUAAAAAAAAACGAACGAAAUGUAGUAAACGGUAUGAAGGAAUAAAAGGAGUUGGACUGUUAA